AUGUCAAAAUCACGUCCGCAUUUAAUUAUCGAUACAAAUACAGAACCUUUUACGUUGCCACCUAAUAUACACCCAGCAUUAGCAGAAAUAAAUAUAAAAGAUUGGUCCUACAAGCAUUUUGUGCUGCAAGUAAUUUUGUUGAAAAUUCCUGUGAACUCUGUAAGCGACGUAGAACAAGCAUGGAUUGAUUCGUUAAAUUUGUUCGCAUCGAGAAAAGAUAUAGAUAGAAAAUAUAAAUGCUUCGCCAAAAAAUUGAUUGAUUAUCAGACUUUCGAAAAACUAGAUUCUGGUACAGAAUUUGUUUUAAGUCGCUAUAUUAACUCACAAAUGCAAUUAAAAAUUGGAUCUACUAUUAAUGAUCUUUACCAUCAAACAGAGCAGCGAUCUAGAGAAGCAUUUAUUUCAAAUAAAGUCUCAAGUUGUUUAGAUAAUGAUGUAAAUAGUAAUGACGGAAAAAGAAAACAACCUUGUGAAGAUAUCGAAGAAUUACAAGAAGAGGAUGUAAAUUACUUAUUUGAAGAAGGGAACGAAAGAAAUAUCAUUUCAAAAAUUGAUGAUAAAACACUGAAUGAUGAAGUAAUGUUAAAUAUUGAUGCUACGGAAAAGCCUCCUUAUACCAGUGAAGAAAUAAAAGGUAGCUUCUAUUCGUACAGGCCUGCAUAUUGGGGGAUUUUUGACCUAACAAAAGAAUCACUUUGUAAUUGUAAAGAAAUUGAUGAUGACAUGUUAAAACAUUUGUCAAAAGAAUUAAUUGCAAACAUUGAUGUUUUUAAAAGAAGUGUGACUGAAGAAGUUCUCAAAAUGACAACAAUGUAUCCUUUUUACCGUGCCGUUAUCAAUAGUAAUUUUUUAAUAGAUAGAUGGGGCGAAAUUCAAUCAUAUUCAACAAAAGAAGCACAAAAUGAAGAUGCUAACCCAUUCCAAAGAGCUAGAAUUGGCAGAAAAGUAGAUAUGAUUGGCAACCUUAAAGAGACGUCAUUCAAGGUUGAAGCUUUAUUCGGGGAAGUUUCUGGUGGAUUGGGUUCUUUUGGUCUUCCUGCUGCAAUGAGAAAAAAACGUUUUUUCGACAAAAUAAAAUUAUCUGUAAUGUUGAGAGAUUCUCUUAACUCAAUAAUUAAAAAAUGGCGAAAUCUCAAUGAUGAUCUGAGAAAAUCCGUGGUAUUAUAUGGUUGGACUCAACAUGGACUUGAAAUAAAUGUUUACGCUUUAAAAUGGGAGGGUAAUGGCAUCUAUCUAUUUGGGUUGGUCGAUAAAGGCACACUACCAUCUUCUGAGAAUGAAUGCGGACUUUUUGAAGAUUUAUAUUGCAUUUUUAAAGAAUUAGAAAGAAAAUUAAAGAAAACUGAAGAAAAUAUCAAAGCUUUGAAUUUACUAAAUGUAAGAAGUAAAAGGAGGAAUUUAAGUGUAGACACCACACCUGAACUCAACUUAAAUAGAACACCAGAAAAACUUUAA